AUGCAGUCCAUGUUUCGUCUUGCAUGGAGCACAGAGUCGCCUGGCGACAAAAUCAUGGAAAAAGCAACGCUGCACAAGUCCAAGCAAAUGCCAAUGAUUGAGAUUCCAGACUUCAUGAGCAAAAUCAAGCGGAAAAGGACAGACAGUCCCGAGCCAGCAUCGGCACAGCAUGCGCAGUGGGUGAAGAAGUGGAAGAGCGCGCAGGGUGAGGCGCGGCCAGCCGUUGUCGAGAAUGCCGCUUCCUUAGAUGUAGUGGUGCCUGGGUCUGCAGAAGGUCAAGAGCUGCCUAGUACCGCGUCUGCAGAGGUCAUCAACUCGCGACCAAAGGCGCAACCGUCAAAGAAAGAGACUGCAACCAAGGUCAUGGCCCCCAAGCCUCAACCAUCAGCCACCGCACCUGACGCUACAAACACGCCAGCUACUACCAUGGAAACAGGACUGACGGCUGUGCAACAAGCCAUCGAGGCACAGAUCAACUAUGAAAUCCUCUUGAAGCAUAACGAACUUCGUCUUAUCGAACAGGAGUUAGCCAAGUGCCAAGCCUCCCUGGAGCAGCUGCGACGCUGUACACUGGUCCCGUAUCCUGGUACCCAUGGCCUUUCCGAAGACGUGAGUCUAGGUACUGGACCUUCUCUACAGCCUCCUGCUGGUAUGACGGAGCCUCCCUUUGCCGCUCCUUGGGGUGUCACAGACGGUCCUUAUACUCGUCACUACGCCAAAUGGUUGAUCGAUGACCCCAGGUUCACUCCAACCUCCGAACGUGCGUUGGCGCAGCAAGCUCACGGUUACUUUGGCGUGGGUGAAGGCAGAGCGACGCGCGGCAGCUUUGCAGACCACGGUUCUGCAAGUAGAGGUCGCACGUCGCGAACUUCGACUGGAAUGUUGAAGCUCACGCCUCUCGGUGAAACUCCAGCGCCUACGCCAAAGAUGGACCCGCUGCUGCACAAGCGCUCCACGGACGGUCAAUGGGUACGGCUCUAUUGCGCCAAGUGUCAACACAGCAAUUUCUCGAAUACCCAGGGCUUCCUCAAUCAUUGCCGAAUCAAGCACAGCGACGUCUACAAGAGUCACGAUCAUGCAGCUAUUGUCUGUGGCGUUCCUGUAGAUGCUAGCGAGAUUGGCACCACAGUCACUGCGAGUGAGCCACCUAAUACGGCAAACAGCGUUCCUGCAGUCACCUUCCCCGUCCCAGCGACGCCUGGCAUUGUGAAUUCACUGGCAUCGCAGACAACCCCGGCUCCACGAGCCAAGACUGUGCAUCGCAAUCCUAGCAUCUCCUCAGUCGGACCACCCAAACCUGUUGAACCGGCGACUUCGGUGCCCUCUUCGUCAACACCGUACCUGGCGGCUCGGGCUCAGAACAGCGGCUUCACAGGCGACCUCCCAGCCCUUGUUGCCAUGGCGAAAUCCAAGGUGGACCUAGACGCCAUCGAGCAUUCUGAUGACGACAGCGCGGAUACUAGCGCAGCUCCGACACCGGUCACCGCCAAGCCAAGCCAGGCACGCUUCCCGCCUACCAACGGACAAGCGAGCAAGGCACCAACAGCUCGCCCAGGCAGCAAGAAAGGCACCGGAAGCCAAGCACGUCUACCAAUGUCAAUUCCAUCAUCAGCUUUGUCUCAUGAUGAUCAUCACAUGCCAGAUUCUCCGGUUGGUCUCAGUCCUCAUACAGCUGAGUCUAACCCUGGUCUAGUAAGCGACCAUGAUGACGACGACGACGAAGAUGUGGACGAUGCGCGUAGCCAACCUGACUUGCUCCUGCACGACGACGAUGUGGUAGUCGAGGACGCUAGUGAUGUUGAAGGUGCACAUGAGCGUGCGGGUACUCGUCCGGGAUUGAGCUGCUUCGAGAAAGGCGAGACUAGUCGCAAGCAUUAG